ACUAAACGAGGAGCUUGGCUGGGGCACUGUUUUUCAGAAUUCUCAAGCGGCACAGCUUGCUUGGCCAUGCUAGCACCCACGCUUCUGCGACGCACCACUCCGGUGCCCGCAGCUACCAUUGCCGCCGCCCAGCUCCCUACAUCCCAACAAGGCAACCCACGGGUCUCGCCGCGGUUCCCUCCGGGAUUCCCUUCGCCUCGGUUCUUGCGGUCAGAUCUGCUGGCAGCCCUCUUCCCGCAGCUUCAAAUCGGCUCCCCAGAUCUGCGUAUCCAGGACGGCGCUCCGCUGCCUGUGUGCUGCGCGGCCGUCUCAGGUGCGACGAGGCGUCCCCGCAAGGUGCGGUUCGCCGCUCAGGCUGCCCUGCUGGAUCCCACCCCCAACCUCCCCGUCCAUGGCGCUCUCCGGCCAUGUCUGAAAGUGACGCCGACUGCCUCUGUGUCGGCGGGUCGGCGUACGGCUCGAGACGCCUCCACGAGCCCGGCGUCUCCCGUUGCAGGUCCAAGGCGGAGCUCACCAUCAAGCCAUGCACCUUCUUGUGCGGAUUCAAGGCGGAGCUCAUCCUCGAGCCCCGAUGCUGACAUUGGCCGGUCCGAGGAUUGGCAUCUUGUUCGGCCGGCGUAUUGGUGGCGUCAGCGGCGCCCCGACCUCCAGCGCCCAAGCCGCCGAGUCGCGUCUUCGUCAGGUUGGUCAUCGCGCAAGGAACUCCACCAAUCCUCCGACGACGUCACCACCGCCUCCUCCGCCGACAGCGUCGCCUGCGACCACCGUGCAACGGCCGCCUAGUUCUUCUUCAGCACGCGUGUGCACCGGUGGCCCGUCCCUGCGACCUGCUGGACCAAUCCCGCGCUCGCAGCUAGUCGCCGGGAGGAGUAAAUAGCAUAAAACUGCCACUUUUCGCGUUAUGUUUUCAAAAAACUACCGAAUUUUUUUUUUGUGACUGAUAACUACUACUUUUGGUGUCGACUGUUUUAAAAAACCCAAAACGCCCGUUGCUGAGAAACUAAACCGGUUUAUGACAGGUCGGGCCCGCACCUAAACGAACCGUCAGUUUGACCAUUUGUUUUA